AUGGCCAAAGACCCAGUUCGUGUUCUCGUCACUGGCGCCGCAGGACAAAUUGGUUAUGCUCUUGUCCCUAUGAUUGCUAGGGGAGUGAUGUUGGGUCCAGAUCAACCUGUGAUCCUUCACAUGCUUGAUAUUCCUCCUGCAGCUGAGUCAUUGAAUGGAGUUAAGAUGGAGUUGGUCGAUGCCGCUUUUCCUCUUCUUAAAGGUGUUGUCGCUACAACGGAUGUUGUCGAGGCAUGCACUGGAGUCAAUGUUGCUGUCAUGGUUGGUGGAUUCCCAAGAAAAGAAGGUAUGGAGAGGAAGGAUGUGAUGUCUAAGAAUGUAUCUAUUUACAAGUCUCAGGCUUCUGCCCUUGAAAAGCAUGCUGCUGCCAACUGCAAGGUUCUGGUUGUUGCUAACCCGGCAAACACCAAUGCAUUGAUCUUGAAGGAAUAUGCUCCAUCUAUUCCCGAGAAAAACAUUUCUGCUUUGACUAGACUUGAUCACAAUAGGGCAUUGGGCCAAAUUUCUGAAAGAUUGAACAUUCAAGUUUCUGAUGUAAAGAAUGUCAUCAUCUGGGGUAAUCAUUCAUCAACCCAGUACCCUGAUGUCAACCAUGCAACUGUUAUCACCCCUGCCGGGGAGAAGCCUGUCCGUGAACUUGUUGCCGAUGAUUCCUGGUUGAAUGGAGAAUUCAUAUCUACCGUUCAACAACGUGGUGCUGCAAUUAUAAAGGCUAGGAAGCUUUCAAGCGCACUAUCUGCUGCUAGUGCUGCUUGUGACCACAUUCGCAAUUGGGUUCUUGGAACUCCCGAGGGCACCUUCGUUUCAAUGGGAGUGUAUUCUGAUGGUUCUUACAAUGUACCCGCUGGACUUAUCUAUUCAUUCCCUGUCACUUGCGCCAAUGGAGAAUGGAAAAUUGUUCAAGGACUUUCAAUUGACGAGUUCUCAAGGAAGAAGCUGGACUUGACAGCCGAAGAGCUUUCUGAGGAAAAGAGUUUGGCUUACUCUUGCCUCUCUUAG